AUGCCGCCGCCCGCCCCCACCCUCGACCUCACUCUCAUCGUGGCUGCGACCCGCACCAUGGGCAUCGGCCGCAACGGCACUCUCCCCUGGACGGGCCUCAAGCGCGAGAUGGCGUACUUUGCCCGCGUCACCAAAAGGCCUGCCGGCCUCGGCCCCCGCCCCACGGCCCUCAACGCCGUCAUCAUGGGCCGCAAAGACGUGGGAGGAGCAUCCCCGCCGCGCUUCCGGCCGCUUAAGGGGCGGCUCAACGUCGUCAUCAGCAGGUCCGCCGCUCCCUGCUGUUUGCCGGGUGCCGCGCAGGAGGUGGACAUCGAGAAGGACGCCGUCAAGGUGGCGUCACUGGAGGAGGCGUUUGAGUGUGACGCCUUCUUCCCGCUGAAGCUGGGACAGGCGGAGGGGUGGGUGAAGAGGGACAAGGGGGAGCUGGAUGCUUGGGUUGGAGAGGAGGUGGACGCUGGAGAGCAGGAGGAGAAUGGGACGCGAUAUGAGUUCCAGAUGUGGGAGAAAGAGGAUCAAGCUUAG